GAAAACGGACACGGGGGUGUGCAGUUUUUGUUAACACGGGAAGUGAGGAUAUUGCGCGGGAAAAAGUUGAGUUUGACAUGGAAAAUUGGUCGGUUUGGAGAAAAACUGAUAUUAGUCAAGGCUCACGGACAUUCUGAGUGACAGUUUAUCUGUGAAGAGUUGUGGGUGUAACUUUUGGAGUUUGAGAGAUUUCGGCGACAGGCUGCGUGCAUUUCAACUCGUGAGUCAGAGCUACGGAUGAAAGCUAGCACGAGGAUCUGCACGUGAGAUACUCUCAUAUAUUUAUUUGUUUUGUUAGAUUCAGAUCUACAAAUUGUCCGGAAGAAUAUUCCCGUGUUUGUUUUUUUCAGUUCAGGGUUACAGUUUCUAGCUAUAUUUCGUUCGUAAACCGGAAGAUUAUACCCGUGUUUAAUUUAAUAAUUCAGUUCAAAGGUACUACAGUGGUGUGUGGAGUUUGUCAAAUGCGUGCUUAGUUUGCUUAAGAAAUUGAAUUCGACGAGUCCAAAUCGGGAGUUCUGUGUUGAAUCUCGCGGAUGCAUCAAACCCGUUCAAGGAGGGAGGAGUUCAUCGCGGUUCCUUUCAUCGUUGUCAUGGAAAAUGUCCCGGAUGCUGUUUAUCAUCUCGUCUGAAUGUGAGAAUUGAAGGUGGUCAUUCUGAAAUUGGAAUUUAAUUUUUCCUCUGUUUCGCUGUGAUCUCUCUGCUCAAACUAAACAUGUUUACAUUGGACAUCCUGGUGGUUCAGUUCUGUUACUCUGCUCCUGCUCUGACCUGCACACCAAACCUCACACAUUCACCUGGAUGGCCUACAUAAGAGGAGGUCUGAAAGACAUGUUAAAUGAUGAACACUACCGUGGCAGACUUCAGCUGUUUGAUGAAUUUUCUCCUGGUAAUCUGUCUCUGCUCAUAUCUGACCUGAGAGAAGAGGAUGGGGUAGACUACAGGUGCAUCACUGAGAAGGGACACAGAGACAUGAGGAUUCUUGAAAAAGGCUGUGAUCUCUCUGGUGAUAAACAUCAGGUAGUUAUCAAUGGACUCCCUGGUGGUUCAGUUCUGUUACCCUGCUCCUGCUCUGACCUGCACACCGAUCCACAGACAUUCACCUGGACAACAGACAGAACAGGACACUGGACUGACGUGUUAAAUGAUGAACACUAUCGUGACAGAUUUCAGCUGUUUAAUCACAUUUCUCCUGGUAAUCUGUCUCUGCUCAUAUCUGACCUGAGAGAAGAGGAUCAGAGAGUCUACAGGUGCAGAACUGGAUUAAGGGAAUACAGAGACAUCAGGAUUAAUGUUAAAGGCUGUGAUCUCUCUGGUGAUAAACAUCAGGUAGCUAUCAAUGGACACCCUGGUGGUUCAGUUCUGUUACCCUGCUCCUGCUCUGACCUGCACACCAAUCCUCAGAUAUUCACCUGGACGACUAACAGAACAGGACACUGGACUGACGUGUUAAAUGAUGAACACUACCGUGACAGACUUCAGCUGUUUAAUAACAUUUCUCUUGGUAAUCUGUCUCUGCUCAUAUCUAACCUGAGAGAAGAGGAUCAGAGAGUCUACAGGUGCAGCACUGGAUUAAGGGAAUACAGAGACAUCAGGAUUAAUGUUAAAGGAAGAAGAGAACCUUCAACACGCUCUGGGAAAACAGACAGAAGACCUCCAUCAGAACAGCCUCCAAGUAAAACAACAAACUCUCCAUCUGCAUCAUCCCCAGCAACACUGGCACAAGGAGGAAGAAGAGAAACUUUAACACGCUCAGGGAAAACAGACAGAAGACCUCCAUCAGAACAGCCUCCAAGUAAAACAACAAACUCUCCACCUGCAUCAUCCUCAACAACACUGAAACGAGAUGAACAACCACCACACAGCAGCCUCCCUCUGGUUUUCGGCAUUGUUGCCGCUUUGCUGUUGGUGAUAGUUGGUAUAAUGGCAUUUAUUUGUUGGAAGCGCAAAGGUCUUUUCCCAUUAGGAGGAAGACGUGGAAAGAACAAAGUUACUGAAAGACGUCCAAAGCAGAAGGAUCAGACUGUGCCUGAUGUUACUUACUCUACUGUAAGCCACAUUCACACAGCCGGAGCAGCUCGGGUCCAGAUCAACGUCGAAGAGAAAACUGAAUACGCCAGCAUUGUAACAAAUUAAUUUGUAGUAAAAAUAUAGAAUAAUGCUGAAAUCAUCUACAUAAUCUUACAAAUCAUAUUUUGAGUGUAUGUGUCAUUUUAUAUAUUGUGUAGCAUUCUUUUUUUUAAAUGAAAGGAAAAAAGCUUGUUUUGUGUUGUGGAUGUGGCUGUUUGUGAAUGUCGUGGGAAAUUCACCAGGACUGAAUGUGUAUUUUGAAAUUAGUUUUUGCAAAACACACUUAAUGUUCAUUAAAGCAUUUGUGACAGUGUG